GGUCAGUAUGCAGGUAGGCUAAACUGUACCUGCAAUGUGCAAUCGUGAAAUGGAGCGAAACGGUUGUUUGCUAAAUUUCGGCGGGUAGGAAGUUCUGCAAACAUGAGCCGUUCUUCAUUGGAAUACCGACAGAGUUGUCUGUUGCCAACUGUCUCCAACACGGCACCCUGUGUGCCAAAGACUGCUUCAAAAAAUCAUCACAGCAGGUGCAAAUUUUGACGUUGUGCAGUCCAGCUAACGAUUGGACGAAUAUUCUACAGACGAAUGGAUUCUCAGCAGUUACAUUUGUCAGCAAGGCUUUCUAGUGUGAUCGCUGCUUCAGGCUCCUUUAAUUGAUCAAAGGUCGGAAUUGUUCAGCAAAGAAAAGAAAAAAACACUUGCCUGUGAUGACCCAUGUUAGUCUGCCGGGAAAUGGCGAGACUGGAUCGUAAAAUACGCCGGAGUGCAGUGGCUGCCGUCGUCCUGCUUGCGUGUCUGCUCCUCGUCGAGUAUCGCACUUUCUACCAGGACAAAUCGCAAGGAACAAUUGGUAACCGUAAAAACAACCCGCGGAAAGAGGCAGUCAUGAAGAAGCCACACCGGAAGCCCAUGCAACCCAACAAACCGCGAAAAACACAGGAGCAGAUAGAAUCCAGCAAGUCGUCCAGUCUUGACUUUCUCAAGACGCAAGGAGAGGUACAGGCCCGACGGAGAGCCAUCCUCAGAGGUACGUGCGAACGGCGCGAAAUUAAAUCUGAGGCCGAACCGCCCAAGUACACCAGGCAACACAUCUACGUGGUGGACAAUUACAAGGCAAUGUACUGCUUUGUUCCCAAGGUGGGUUGCAGUAACUGGAAGCGCAUCUUGAUGGUACUGAACGGCAACAAGGAGACGGUAGAAGGAUUAACUUCAGAGGAGAUCCAUCUCAGGGCGAACUUGAGGUUCCUCAAUUCUUACACUCCGGAGCAGCAGGCCCACCGCCUCAAGAACUACCUCAAGUUUGUUUUCGUCCGCGAGCCCUUCCGUCGCGCGCUCUCCGUCUACCGGAACAAGUUCGAGGAUGUUGGAUACUACCAGGGUAAUGAACACUUCCACCGGUUCGGCAGACAGAUCGUGGCCAAGUUCAAGAAGAACCCGUCGCAGCAUGACCUGCAGACGGGCGAGAACGCCACCUGGAGAGAGUUUGUGGACUACCUAACCCAUCCCACGGAACGAGCCGAGGUGGAGACAGACAUCCACUUCAGCGACCACUGGACCGAGAUGUACAAAUUAUGCUCCCCCUGCACCAUCAAAUAUGACGUCAUUGGUAACCUGGAGACCGUCGCUGAUGACGCCCAGUACGUAUUGGAAUUGUUGAAUGCUCCCUCCAAGGUCCGGUACCUAUCAUCAGGAAACAGCCGACCGACUAACAGUUCCGACAGUGGGACAUUCCACAAGUAUUUUUCGCAGCUGGAUAAGUUACAGUUGACCAAACUGUGGGACCUUUAUAAGCUGGAUUAUGAGCUUUUUGGUUAUCCCAAACCCUCAGUAGUUCCCAGCUAGAGUAAAUUUCUAUGAACGGAUUUGUUUUUGGAGCACUACAGAUCUCCAAAAUAUCGACCAUAAAAAUUUAACAAUGUACGUAUUUCUCUUUGUCAAAGACUAUUAUUUUUUUUAAAGGCUGAACUUCACAUCGCCUACAUAAUACACACUGUAAUCCCUAUAUUGUGGAAGUGACGAAACUGUACAGAGUAAGGAAAUAUUUAUAUUCUGCCCUGAAGUAUAGGAAGAUUGUAAUUCGAUUCGAUUUAGAUCGUAAUCUAAACGAUUAUUUCAAGAAGACUUGCAGGUACCUUUUUACAUCUAAGGCAGACCAGUUUGAACAUCUCAGUCAUUCGGGAAACAGUGCAUUAUCAUUUUAUGGGCUAUUUUGUUGGAAAAAGCCUAAGAUAGUUCGAAACGAUGCAAAAUGUGUGAAUUUGUAAGUAAUUUUAUAUUGUACAGUAUUAUGUAAGCUCUUUCCACAUUCUGAGGUUGGUGGUUUUAUUUUAAUCUGUACAUUUAAAGCAGAAUUCCUUCCAAUGUUACUCAAUGAGUAAUGUGCAAUAACUUAAUUCAAAUUGAUAAUUGCUACAGUGAUGUGCUUGUAAACCGUUCUGAAUUGAAAUCAAAAUGAAAUAAAUCUUUAACAGAAUGUUCCGUCAUUAUGCUUACGUCG